CCGCAGCUGACAUGGAAGGAUAUUGUGGAGUAUAGCUUUCUGGGCGAGUUUGAUCUUUUGUGUCAAUCUUGUUCUGACACUUGCACUUUGGAUUGGACCAAACCUGCUUAUUGUGAAGCUAUGGUGAAGUACUUCAAGAUCCGACGUGCUUGUGAAGAAAUCCAGAGGUUGAAUAUUGAAAUUCACCAGCUGCACACAGCUAUACAUGACGAAGAACUCAAGGUGAAUGCCACCAUUGAUGCCCUUCUCAUAUCAAACCGGCCAGUCGGACUUGAACUGCAACGUCAAUGGCGAAAAAUGUGCUGCUGUCAAUGCACUACAUCCACAUAUUGCAGUAACAUAUCUCGUAUUAUACGAGUGGACGGACGUGCAUAA